UUGUUUUUGGUCGGUGUUUUGUAUUUUUUUUUUUUAUCAUGAAUCUCCUGGACGCGGAGGUGACAGCGGGAGCUGGCCUGGGUCGGGGCUGCAGGUGGCCCUGGAGUUGGGGAAGCGUCUACCUCAAGGCGCUGAGCUCUCUCUCUGUCUCUCCUUUUUUCUUCCACUCCUUCCCCUUCUCACCCCAAUGGCUGGAAGGAGCCUCAGCUUCCCCUGAAGCCUUGGGGAGAGGGGCAGUUUCCAACCCUCCUCACCCAGCCCUGGGAGGAGGGACCAGUGCCCACUGGCCUGCUUCUCCUCUUGUUUUUCUUUUGGGCAGUUUGAUCACUGAUUGAAUAAGGAAUGACUUGUAGAUUGUGGGGCUUUUUUGUUUUUAAACCAAGAAUGAUUUCUCCUGCUUCCUUCUCACCCACCAUCCUCCCAGACGGAAUUCAAAGGCCACUUCUCAAGCAGCUUUUGGCACCUUCAGCCUCAGAAUGGAAUCUUAAAGACAGGAACCCCAUGUCCAGGAAAGGGGAUCAGGAACUUUGCCAAUGAUAGUGACCACAGCAAAAGCAAAUAAUAAUAAUAUUAAUAAUAAUAAAGAGAAAUAAAUAAUAAAAUAAACAUAGCACAGCCCUUGUUGAGGUCAGAGGGAGAGAAGGGGGCUGCUCGGAGUUGGGUCCUUGCCUGGAUUUUGACACAGCAACUUCCUGUAGUGAGCACUUUGUAUGAAUCGUGGACUUCCUGUUCUCAAGGCGCAGGUAUUUAUUCUGUAAUCUGUCUAGAGCACACUCCGAAAUCCAACCUUCUAAUAAACAUAAUGGCGCAGUCCCACUCCCUGCCUCGCCUCUUACCCCACCUCCCCCAGGUCUGGGGGUCUUCAGGCACUGGUGUGGGGAGGGGUCCCUCUAGGAAUGGGAGCCCUUGCCCUCCCUGCGUUGAUUCUCUCCUGGGUUUAGCCUGUUACAGGCCUGUGAAUGUCAGUUCAUCAGGCACUAACUACAUCUACUCUCAGCCUUGGGUUCAUUUGAUAAAUAUUUGCUGAGGGCCUCUCAGGCCCAGCCCCCUACUGCAUGGGCCUCGGCAUCUCUUUGAAUUUCUGCCAACAUGCUCUUAGCUAGGACAGACAAAGGAAGAAAUACCUUUCUAUGAGUCCUGCAAAGUUUACCUCCUUCAGUCCACAAAUAUUUAUUAAGCAUAUGCUAAGCGCCAAGCACUGUGUAGGGCCAAGGGCAGAAAAGUAGGCCCUCUCUUCUUGGAAUUUAGUCUAACUGAGCCUUGGCCCCCAUUGGGAGGGGAGUUCAGUCUUACGCUUCCUUUGGUGACUGGAGCUCUUGGCCCUUGCCCCUGAUCCUGGAGGAAGAGUAGGUGGGAAAAUCUUAGGCUCUGGAGGUGUGGAGGUAGGGUAGCAAGGUGAAAAAGACAUCCUACCCUCAUCCCCUGUGCUGACAGAGCUUCUUGAAGUCUCUGGCAUGUCUGGAAGCCUGUUAAAAGGGCCAAUUCCUGGGGCCCUGCUUGGACUUAGUGGGGAUCACUGAGGGCCUAGGAACCUGCAUUUUAAAUGUAUUUAAUCCCUGGUAUUUCUGACACAUCCUGGAGUCUGAGAAGUGCUGCCUUGAGGGACUGGACAGGCACCUGCUUGUCAUAGGACCCCCUGGGGUAGAAGGAGGGGCUGGGACAUACUACGCCCUCUAUUAGCAAGAGUGAGGUGGGGGGAGCUGAUCUUUUAAAAAGAUCCCUGGUUUGUUGCCUAACACUGUAUUGAUCAGCUUAUGCGUAAAGUAGCCUGUGCCCUUCCCUACUAGUAGGAGGGGCAACCUUUACUGGGUGCCUAGUUCGCUUUCCCCUUGUCUGGGUAGAAUGAGGACCUGAACGCCUCCCACUCCAGGAAAACUAGAGCAAGACAGGGAGCUGUGGGUAAGUCCUGUGCCAGGGGUCCAAACCUCACUGACUCCUAAUCACCCCUCUUCUCAGAAAAAUAUGGACCCAAGCUGGAGGACACAGUCCAUGUCCCUUGGCCAGUUAGGCCGGCCAGACCGAAGUCUUGGUCUUGCUAAUUGUCUCUGUCCUGCCAUCCUGUAGAAUAGAGAAUGACUCAGUGUAGGGCAGGUGGACCCUUGCUUCAUUGCUCCUCCUUUCCCACAUUGGCAGGGAGCCAGAGCCAGGAGCAGGAUGACAACAGCUGGCCUACCCCCUUCUCUUCCCCUGCACCUGUUUGGGGCUCUUGAGGGGAGGCAGAUGGCUGGAGCACAGCGCCCCUCCAGCCAGCCCGGGGUGGAAGGAUGCCUGGGGGCAGGUGCUGGUGGGCAGAUAGACAUUUAACUCCAUUCAUAUCUGCCCUGUCUCACUGUUCCUUUCUCUGGUUGUCAGGAACCCUGGGACAUCUGUGCCAAGAGUUGGGAGCCAAGUAAAAAGCUGCCCAAUUUCUUUCCCACUUGGCCUAGUUUUGUUUUAUCUGAUGGGAGACAUUCUUUCUCCAGGUGUAUCAACGUGACUGGGAUUUGGAGGGGAGACUGGUGGGAGCGGGAUGGACUUGAACCCCACCAGGCCCCAGCUCUGAAAGCCCACUCCAGCAAUUAGACACAUGGGCACACAGGCUAUAGGCCAAGUAGCCAGUUGUACGGAAUAUGGCCUGGGGUGGCUGGGCAGCCAGGGAAACUGGGAGACUCUCAUCCCAUCCAGCUGUCCUCAGCCACCCAGCUGUCCCUGGCUCUGCAGGAGCAGCUGUCACCCACUUCCCAAAAGGGUCAGGAGCAAAGGAGGCCCAUAAAGCUGGAGCUGCCCCAGGACACAGAGUGGGCUGGAGAAGGUGUAGGGGGCCUUCCACCCCCUGCACUGGUGUGCAACUUUCACAUUCACAGGCACACCUUGUGUCUCCCUCCGCUAACCGCUCAGACCCUGAGGUACCAGCUCUCACCCCCCAGGCAGUGUCCUCCCGCCUUCCCAGGGAGGCGAUCACUCCUCCCCUUUGGGGGCAGGGCUGGGUGUCAGGAGCGCAGCUCCCACCCCACGGACUCGGCCCAGAUGUGCAGAGCCCGCCGGGGGGUUUCCUCUCCGCCACCCCUGCUGCCCGAGCUCUUUCAUGUCACUGUCCUCCCCUCCCCAGUCCCAGCCCCGGAGCCGAGCAGCUGCGCCCCGCUCCCCGCCCCCAGCCUCUCUCCCAGCUGUCUUUGGGGUGGGGCCGGGCAGCUGGGGAACAGCUGCAAGCCGUGGGGUGGGGGUGGGCUGGGGUGUCUCCUGCAACAGCCGUUAACAGCCUCAGUGCCCAGGAGGAGGUGCAAGGGGGCUGGAGGAGGGCGAGGCCUGGGGGCAUGGCCAGCUCCUCUGCCCCUCCCCCAUCGCAUCUGGCCAGGCCAGCUGAGAACGGGGUAGACCCCAGAUCAAAGCCCCCUCCCGACUUCAAAGGGCACCCUGGGGGCGGGGAGGUGGGUGGGGCAGCCGGAAACACCCUGAACAGUGAGGCUGCUGAGUCAGCGCCCCAGAGCCCUCACUGGAGGCAGAGACCCCACGUUCUAACCUCAUUUCUGGGUUCUUCCAGGCCCUGUUCACAUCCACCCACUCGGACCCCAUGGUUGUCACCAUGCCCUUUCCUCCAACGCCUUCAUUUUGUCCCAUCUGAGGGUGGGGGAGAACCCAUAAACACUUUCAGGACUAGACCUGGCCCCUUGGGGGAUUUCCUAGCCCAUCCCACCUCUGCCUGCUGUAAACUUGGGGUGUAGGGAGGGAAGGGUCUAGGACAUGUCCUUCCCCAACCCAGUGCUCUAGGCCUACAAAGAAAGGGGGGCUGUGGGGUAAAGAGAGAAAGAAAAUUGAUUCCUGGGUAUCCCUGGACAGAGCUCACCACACUCAGCCCCUCUUCUAAAGUGAGGAUCUCCCUACAUGAUUUUGGGAAACUCUUCCCUGGAGAUGCUUUAGAAACAGUGGUCUCUAGAACCUAGGAUCCUGGUGCUGGUUUUACAACCCUCUGAGUCCUAUUUUUUCCAGUUAAAGGGGCAAGAAAAAAAACAGAGGGCACUCUUGGAUUGCCCCUUCCCUAUACUCUGUGCAAAAGUGCUGGGGCAAGGGCCUGGGAUUAAUGGCUAAGAGUCCAGAAACUUCAUUGGAGGCUGAGGGGAAUAGAAAAUAGAUCCGAGUGUGGGACAGAGGCAGCUAGGGUUGGGGCUCCUGGUGAGAGGUUAUAGACCCAGGCCCAGGGGGAGCCUCGCCUUAAGAACAUUAGCUUCUUCCUUCCAAGUCUUUCUUCCCUCAACACUCUACCCUGUCUGCCUACACCCAGAGGUUUCUUUCCCUUCCAGGGGAGGAUGUAUUCACUCUCUGCUUGAAUUCCUCCAGUAACAGAGAACUUACAGCCUCAAGACACCCCUUCCACAAUGAAAGCUCCUACAAAUAACAAGCAGAAAUCUGGUGGGUAGAGUUUUGGCCUCUACCAUAUUCUCUGGUGUAUGAGAAUCACACCCCCUGAGUGAGGGAGGCCUUUAAGAGCCGAGGGCUUCUUCCCUAAAACCCCCUGUCCCUGGCAAGGACUUGGCAACCAACUUACCCCAGAGUUCUGCACUGGGAAUCUGAAUGCCUCCUCCACAGGCAACCAGUUUUCUUUAAUUGCUGUGUGGUUAAUUCCUCUCAACUACAGCAAACUGGGAUAUUUAUGACUUCUCCUUACACUAGAUCUUCUUCAAUAAUUGGGUCUUUCUUGAAAGAGAACCCAUCUGCUCAGUGCCAUAGGUUAUUUCUCACUGUUUACAUUGAGGCAAGAAGAGGAUGACAUGUUGGGUGGGAUGUGGCAGAGUUUCCAACAGCUGGUAGAGUGGGCCCUAGAGGUGGCACAGGCAUCUCAGGAUUGCAGGUAAGAAGUGGAAGGAGGGAGCAGGCUUCCAAGGACCAAGCGUUAAGGGUGGUAUGCACUUCUAGUUCCCCUGGAAAAAAUGGCAAUGAGUCACUUGACAUAUGGAUGUCCCGGCUGCCUGUGAAUUGGAUGUUGUCAUCAGACACUCUCCAUGUGUGUGCCUGCUGCAGGGCCCCGAGAAAAUGGGUGGCUCAGGCCCUAAUGGAUAGGGCCUCUCCAGCCACACCAAAUGCCAUCCCCUCCAGCUGCAGCUGCCCGGGUUGCACCCAUCAACUCAUGCGCUUAGUCAGUCCUCCAGCAGUGGUUCCAUGCCCCAGCGGCUCUACUGAUCCUUUGCCUGAAGUGUCUACCUAGCCUCCAAGUCUCACCUCCCCUCUGCAUCCCUCCCCACCCUCUCCAGGCAGGGAGUAAUGAAUGAUGCAUGUGAAAUGCCAGGUCUGGUGCUGGCAUAGGCUGCUUUCGGGGACUGAUAGCUAUCCCAGCAUUUGUGUUCCUUUGGACCAACCACACUCCUGUGCACUUAGCGCUCUCACUUGGUAUUUUAACUAAUGAUUUACAUGUCAGGUUACAAGCUGCAUAGCUUAUGUGUCCAAGCAGCCUGUGCAUCCCAGGAGGACAUGAAAUGUUAGUCAUUGA